AUGCUAUGGAACAGGCUGGCACGUCCUCCUCCAACAUUUGCCCAACGGGGGUUAUUUAGACCAUUUCGACACAAUGGCAGAGCUCCGAAAGCUAUUGGCCAGCGAUUCAAUUCCUCAAAUCCGCAAAACGCAGGUCAAUACAAACCCGAUCCCACUGACCAAAAUGAGUCGGAAGAGGGCCAGGGCAAGGGUCGCAAGAACGAUUCAGACCCCAAUUUGAGAUCUACAAUCCUGAAGAUGCUCGAGACAGCCGCUACAACGGCUGCUUCAAUCGCUAUUUUAGGAGCGGCGGGAUACUCCUACCACCAGUACUACAAGUACCUGAUCCUGGAUAAGAUGGACAAUGCGUUCAACCCAGGGGAUCCUGCUCUUGAGGUUGCGGGUGUCGUAUCGGGAAAACACCAUUAUCGCGAUGAAGAGCACUGGGUUGUUCGUGACGAGCAGCCCAAAAUCGACGACAUCGUGUCUGGGCGACGUGGUGGCCAUUACUAUCUGAUUAUUGGUGAAAAGGGCACUGGAAAGACCUCCAUGCUUCUCGAAGCUAUGCGCAAAAUUGACGGAAACAGCUGUGCUAUGUUUGAGGCCCAUGCUGAUCUAGAGAUCUUCCGGAUUCGGCUUGGAAAAGCUCUCGACUACGAAUUCCACGAAGAUUACAUCGGCAGCCUGUUCAGCAUCCGCGGCCCACGAGACACUACCCCGCUGUUGGAUAUCGAACGGGCUUUCAACAAAUUGGAGAAAGUUGCACUGAGAAGAAGAAAGGCGGGCUCGCCACCUCUCAUCCUCAUUCUCAACAGCACACAUCUUGUACGAGAUGACCACGAUGGGCAAGACUUACUCGAGAUGAUCCAGCAACGCGCUGAGCAGUGGGCUGCAAGUGGCCUCGUUACAACCAUUCUCAAUAGCGAUGACUACUGGGUAUAUGAGCGCCUGAAGCGCUACGCAACCCGCAUGGAGGUCAUCGCAGUUUCAGACUUACCCAAAGACAAGGCGAUGACCGCGCUCUGGCAAUACCGCAAGCAGUUCUGCCAUGAGGACCUGCCUAGCUCGGUUCUUGAACACGUCUACAACAAGGUUGGUGGCCGUCUCUCCUUCCUGAAUCGCGUUGCCAAAUCGCACGAUGUCUUGAAGACUUGCGAUGAAAUUUGUCAGGCUGAAAAGACUUGGUUCCUCAACAAAUGUUGGAUUCUUGGUAUGGAUAUGGAUGACGAUGUGAUGGACGAGCAGAAGUAUUCGUCUGCUGCUAUGGUUCUCGCAAAGGCCCUCGUGGACCUUGAGAACGAUAUGGAGAAGAACUAUGACCCCCACAAGGGCCACAUUCUGCCCGAGAUCCCCCUACACAAGGCACGCGAGAUUAUGACUCGUGCCGAUUUCAUCCAGUCCUACGAUCACGACAACAUCUUCACCAUCAAUUCGCGAGCCAUGGUGCGCGCCGACUCCGUGCCCAUGCAGCAGGCCUUCCGGGAAAUCUGUGCCAUAGAUGGAUUCGAGAAACACCUGGAAGGCACUCUGGAGCGCAUCGGUGACAUUGAAAGUCUCGGCCGCACGCGUGAACUGACGAUUAAGGACCUCUGGAACCAAGGCAAAUACCGGAUCGUGGUCCGGGAUACCAAGGGACGCGAGAGCGGGACGGUAGAAUUCCGCAGUUGCGGAACGUGA